GAGACCGUCACCAUGCAGGGCGUUGUACGAGCUGGUGCUCGUGUGGCAGCACGUUCAUCCCGCCAGAUCCUCGCAGCUUCGGGGGCACCGCGCACCCUCCCUCGAGCCCUCGUCGCCAGCUCCACCCCGAGUCGCCUGUACACGUCGUCGGGCGAGGGCAAGAAGUCGUCUGUAUACGCCGCCUUCCUCAACCUGCUGGCCAGCGCCAGUUCGCGGAGGGAAGUCGACCAGUACCUAGGCCAGUUCCGCUCCGUCUCGCCGCACCAAUUCGCCGUCGUCAAGGUCGGAGGCGCCAUUCUCACAGACCACCUCGACGAGCUAUGUUUUGCCCUACAGCAGCUACACGCCAUCGGCCUGUACCCCAUCAUUGUCCAUGGCGCGGGGCCCCAGAUGAACCAGCAGCUCUUGGACUCGGGCGUUGAGCCAGACUUCAUUGAUGGCAUACGGGUCACCGACAAGAAGACGCUGGGUAUUGCACGCAAACUGUUCUUGGAGGCAAACAUGGAUUUGGUCAUGACCCUGAAGAGGGACUGGGGUGUGCCCGCGCGGCCCAUUACCGCCGGUGCGCUGCAGGCAGACUACUUGGACAAGGACAAGUGGAAGUACGUCGGCAACAUCACAAACAUCAAUCCUAGGCCGAUCAUGGAUGCGCUGGAGAACAAGGAACUGCCCAUUCUGUGCUCCAUGGCUGAGACCGAGGAUGGCCAGAUCCUGAACGUCAACGCCGAUGUCGUCGCAGCAGCUUUGGCGCGCCAAUUCGAGCCUUUGAAGGUCAUCUAUUUGUCCGAAAAGGGAGGACUGUUCAACUCCGAGACCGGCAAGCUCAUCUCCCACAUCAACCUCGAGGGCGAGUACGAUAGCUACAUGAAGCAGCCGUGGGUCAGGUACGGCACCAAGCUGAAGAUUGUAGAAGCGAAGAAACUCUUGGACGGCCUCCCCAAAACAACCAGUGUAGCGAUUACGCACCCCCAGAACCUUGGAAAAGAACUGUUCACACACACGGGAGGCGGUACUCUGAUUCGAAAUGGUGGAAGCGUCAAGGAGGUAUCCAAGUACGAGGAGCUCGACGUCAAGGCCGUGACAGAAGCUCUUGCCAGGGAUCGAGGCGGCGCUGAGGCCACCGAUGCCGUGUCCAAAUAUGUUGGGAACCUCAAGAACCGCACAUUCGAAGCUUUCUACGAUGACUCAAUGGGUGUUGUUGCCAUUGUAUACCCACCCACAUCAGAGGGCGAGUUUGCUCAGCUCUCCGUCUUCACUUCCUCCAAAGACGCUUCCCUUACUAAUGUAAACGACCUUGUCUUUGAGCGCAUCAAACACAAGUAUCCUAAGCUAUACUGGGUGGUGGAAAACCAAGAUCAAAGCAACGUAAAGUGGCAUUUGGAGCGGACAGAUGGUUUCCUUCGUCGCGAAAAUGAUGUCUUCUGCUGGCGUGGAGCGGCAGAGUCCUCGGAAAUAUUCUCCUUGCUAGAAGAUUAUCAGAAACAGGGUCGUGGAAUGCUAAAGGAUAGCCUCGACGCCCAAUUCAGACGCGCGGCAGACUUCGUUGCGAGCCUAAAGCAGGGCCAGCAAGUCCGCGGCUACUCAACCAUGGCUGGGUCACGAACUGUUGGACAAUCCUCCAGGCCAACACUGAGGCAAAGCAAGGUUGUGUCUUCAUCAACACGAGGCUUCGCAACAACCGCAUCCCGCUCGCUGGAGACAACGAACCCCAACCCCCCAUACGGCAUCAAGUUUCAGAGCAAAGACUGGCCCUCGAAAAUUGCGCUGAUCGGAGCUCGAGGAUACACCGGACAGGCUCUCAUUGAGCUCCUGAACAAGCACCCCAAUAUGGAUCUGCGACACGUCUCUUCCCGUGAAUUGGUCGGCAAGAAGCUCGAAGGCUAUACUAAGCGCAACAUCACAUACGAGAACCUCUCACCUGAUGACGUGAAGAGGAUGGCAGAGAAAGGUGAUGUUGACUGCUGGGUCAUGGCACUUCCUAAUGGUGUCUGCAAGCCGUUCGUUGACGCCAUCAACGAGGCUGGAAAGUCUGAUGCUGUUAUUGUGGAUCUGAGCGCCGACUACCGAUUCGACGAUUCAUGGACAUAUGGUCUUCCUGAAACUAUCGACCGCAAGAAGAUUGCCAAUGCUACACGGAUAGCCAAUCCCGGAUGCUAUGCUACUGCUGCACAGCUUGGUAUUGCCCCAUUGCUCGAGUUCAUUGGCGGUCAACCCACCGUAUUUGGUGUAUCCGGUUACUCAGGAGCUGGUACCAAGCCAAGCCCGAAGAACGACGUAAAGUUCCUUGAGAAUAACUUGAUUCCUUACAGCUUGGUAGACCACGUUCAUGAGAAGGAGAUCUCGAGGCAACUAGGGACUGAAGUAGCCUUCAUUCCCCACGUCGCUGUUUGGUUCCAGGGUAUCCAUCACACCAUCUCCAUCCCACUCAACCGCACCAUGAACUCUCGUGAUAUCCGCAACCUCUACCAAGAUCGCUACGCCGGCGAAAAGCUUGUUAAGAUUGUCGGCGAGUCUCCUCUUGUCAAGAACAUCUCAGGCAAGCACGGCGUCGAGAUCGGUGGUUUCGCAGUCCACAGCUCUGGAAAGCGUGUCGUCGUGAAUGCUACGAUUGACAAUCUCCUCAAGGGAGCCGCGACACAGUGCCUCCAAAACAUGAAUCUGGCCCUCGGGUAUGGUGAAUACGACGGUAUCCCGUACUAGAGCGUGGUGAUAGUAGAGCGGGGGAUAGUUGACGGUAUUCUGGCAUGUUCAACACAGGGCGCACAUGGCUACUAGACACUAACUGCUCUUUUGAUUUUGUACAUAUCCCAUUUUUGUAUACAGCGUGCGUGCGCGUACGUCUCAGCUUUAUAGGUGCUAGCGGUUAUAGCAAAAACGUUCAGUCCAUUCCCAGCUUGAAUCCUGCCACACACAACAGUAGUUCAUGCCCAAUCCGUGCACCGUAUUACUCUCUGUCAGCCGCGAAAAUUUGUCUUCACAGAUUGUACCUUGUAGCUUCCGAUAUCUGGGCUCUUCAAUUGUACAAGUCAACAGUCUCUCUCGCCAUCCCAUAAAGCCUGCG